AUGGAGCCAGCAACCCAGGGCAACUGCUGUCUCUGCGGGGAAGAUGCUAAAUACCGCUGCCCUACGUGUCUCAGGCAGACCUGUAGCGUUCGUUGUGUAGCUAAACAUAAGGAACAGCAUGGCUGCAGCGGGAGGAAGCAUAUCUCAUACAUACCCGUAUCAGACAUGACAGCUGAGACUCUCUCUAAAGAUGUGGCACUGCUCGACGAGGUUUCUCGCGUGAUUGAAUCAACAUCACGAGCUUUUGUACAGCGUCAGCUGGAGGCGAGUACUACUGCAGCUAGACGGGUGAAUGAACGAGUUAAACUCUCUAGGGCUUUAGAACGUGUGCUAUCCCGUCUAUCGGAUAAGAGCGAACAUUCGGAGGCACUACGGGAGUAUUUUGUGCCGUCAAAUGUAGUGGCCCUUUUGCGUGAUAUGGACAGCCCCAAUACAAGUCCUCGGCAUUUUAUGUGUGAUUUAGAAUGCACUGUGCGCCAGAACCUUGAGAAAACAAAGAUACUUGAGUUUCCGCGGAUAGAGAUCGUCCUCAAGCGAGAUUUAGAUACCUAUCAACUGGCGGAACGUCGCACGGCACCGGCACAGGUCGUUGAAGGGCCGUGUGAGGGCUUGUCCAGUGAUGUGACACUACCCAAUCCAGCAUCAUUAGGCGAGGAGCUGGUUACUGCGGAAUCCAGCAGUCUUAGUUAA